GGCCCUAUAAAGUGGGAUUAAUUACCAUAUCCGCUUUCAUUGUUAUAUAGACCCUAAACUACUACUCCACAUCAACGACGAGUGGACAGAGCAACAUAUAAAUCAAAGGUAUUUUGUUAGCCAUAUUGACGAAAUAACCGUAGCAUAGCACAAAAGGAUUUAGAGGAAUUUCUCUUGGGAAAAGCAUCAGAACGAAAGUCGCUAUCAUCUUGGCCGCCGGGAGGUGGAGAUAAGUGUUUACCUGACUGUUUGCAGCGCAAAUUACCUCCAACAAAGAGGCACAAUCGUCUGAACUUUACAUUGAGUUUGUUCAACAUUCUGACUUGUAAUGGGACUGUUCAGGAAUACUGAGCCUACAUGUUAGAGACCAGAGUGAAGGCCCAUCUCGCGGCAUCGCCUACCGCCCUUGCAGCCUCUCACUUGGGGAGGAUGGAUGCGGAGGCAGCCUCUCCGUCUCUCUCCUCCACGGUGGCAGGGCCCUCCACACUGUGGCGUCUCGCUGAGCGGAGGAGUAGGAAGGCUGGCUCAGGGAACAUCUUUGGCGGAGUGAACCUACGUCAGCUGCAGAGGCUAUUCACGGCAGCUGGGGACCAGGAUGCAGAGCAGAGGGCUGAGCUGGUGUGGGGCCACGGGGAUGAGGCUGAGCUGGCCCAGGCCCUGAUAGGACUGAGGGUGAGGGGCCGACGGAGAGGACUCAGGGUGGAGGGGCGAGGCACACUGGGGUCACGCUGGCUCCGGGCAUUUAAUCAUCUGAGGAUUGGUAAGAGUUCAGAGAGUAGCCAGCAGAGCGAAGAGCAGUCAUCAGACAGCAAGACUGAGGCAAGAGCAAAACACAGCAGCCCAGAUACACAGCCACUGACUCAUAAGGGCCCCAGAGGCGCUACAGGAGUCAGAGAGGACCUAACUGAGGGCCAAGGGCCUGCAGGGGCCUCUGGGAGACCAGCCAGAUCAGGAGCUCUACUGAAGAAAGGAGUGGAGAGCGACCCGGAGAGGUACCUCCACCGCAUCCUCCACUGAUGGACACAAAGGACUAGGAUGACUUUGUUGCCCCUAGAUCCCUUCCCCCACUAAUCAUUCAUGUGUGUAUUAGGUGAUGGUAAACUGAUCCUAGAUCUGUGGUUGGGGAAAACUACUACGUGGAGUAAUGACCAACCCUAGUUCAGAGAGUGACAGUCAAAGAUACUAUAUAUUUUUACCUCUGUCCAACCAAGAUCAGAUGAAUGUAGAACAAACUGGAUCUACAAGAUGGGGGAACACUUUGAUAUGAUAUUCUAACAUUUCAUUCUCUCUCAGGAACUGGCUAAUCUGUUCUUCUGCUUGUCUCGUGUCUCUUAAGAGCAUCACGUAUUAGACCUUGGAUUCAUGCAAAGGAUUAAGGAAAGAGGUUUCGACUGUGUGGGAUAUAGCAGAGAACUUCGGGAGAGCUCAAUUCCACCUGGACUUGUUUUUGAAUUAAGUAUUUUGGUCAUUUGAUUCUCCAAAUUAGACAAAUGUGCCGAGGUGCUUCCUAAAAAGAAAGGAAAAUAAGUUGAUGUCAACUGGAAAGGAGAUAUUUUGAAGAAGUCAACAUUUCGACCAGGGUUGUGGAACUCAUUCCAUACAGGGACAAGUGUCUGCUGGUAUCGUUAUUUCCUUUUCUAUGUGUAAAAACAGAAACCGCAGGGGUUCAAGCUUUAGAACCCAGUUCCUACAUUUGAAUAUAGAAAUUGAUUUUAUCAAACAAAACUAUGCUACAUUUUAUCUCUUGGACCCUCAGGAUGACAAACCAGAGCAAGAUUACUGAAUGUAAAUACAUUCACCUCUGAAGGUAAAUAAUGUAUCAAACCAAGUGCUGUGCUGAAAGUUGGAUGUUACUUACUUUCAUUCUAGUCAGAUUAGCGCACGUUCGCAACAACCGUCCCGGUAUAAGGACACCGAUCUCAGAGGUUAAAGGGCCAGAUGCACAAUUAAAGGGCAAUUACACUCAAAUCAAUUUGUUAGUUUCCUUCCAGACCAAAAAUUAAUGCUAUUCUGAUGUGAUUUAAGCAUUGACAUGGACUCAGAACAUCCAAUUUUGAUGUUUUUCUAAAACCAUUUAAUUGUGAGAAAUUCAAAACAGGAAAAAUAAAACAUGAUUUGAGGGGGGGGAUUUGUUUUUGGACCCCCACCCCUUAGUUGUUUUGUUAACCAUUCUUUUACCAGCUAUAUUGACAGAACACUGCACUACUUUCUCUUGUACACUAAGGACCAGAGGAAGAGUUUCAGGGGAGAUGAGAAGUUUCAUAUUCGAAAGCUUGAUAAAAAUGAGUAGCUGGUAACUUUAUUUUUUUUUAUAAAUGGUUCUCAUGCUAGACAAGGUUGGCAAAAACUAGGGUAAAACGCUGGGCCCUAGAUGUAGCCUACAACUAGGACACAUUUUCUUGGUCAGGUGAUAGGAAAAACUCAUGGCCCAACUCAUACUUGGUCAAUGUACAAGGAAAGAGAAACCAAAAAAAAAAUGUAUCACUUCAAUAUGUUAAUGUUGCCUUUAAUUUGACACUACAGUAUAUGGUCUUCCACACAUACAGUAACGGAACUUGACAUUCAUUGAUUUUAAUUAUUUUUAAAUCUAUUUCUACAGGUGAAGUUUACAUACACCUUAGCCAAAUACAUUUUUAACUCAGUUUUUCAAAAUUCCUGACAUUUAAUCCUAGUAAACAUUCCCUGUCUUCGAUCAGUUAGGAUCACCACUUUAUUUUAAGAAUGUGAAAUGUCAGAAAUAGUACAGGGAUUUUUCAUCUUUUAUUUCUUUCACGUUUACAUAUACUCAAUUAGUAUUUGGUAGCAUUGCCUUUAAAUUGUUUCACUUGGGUCAAACGUUUCGGGUAGCCUUGCACAAGCUUCCCAUGAUAAGUUGGGGGAAUUGUGGCCCAUUCCUCCUGACACAGCUGGUGUAGGCCUCCUUGUUCGCACACACUUUUUCAGUUCUACCCACAAGUGUUCUAGCUUUGAUGGCCCCUCCAAUACCUUGACUUUGUUGUCCUUAAGCCAUUUUGCCACAACUUUGGAAGUAUGCUUGGGGUGAUUGUCCAUUUGGAAGACCCAUUCGUGACCAAGCUUCAACUUCCUGACUGAAGUCUUGAUGUUGCUUCAAUAUAUUCACACAAUUAUCCUCCCUCGUGAUGGCAUCUAUUUUGUGAAGUUCCCCAGUCCCUCCUGCAGCAAAGCACCCCCACAACAUGAUGCUGCCACCCCCAUGCUUCACGGUUGGGAUGAUGUUCUUUGGCUUGCAAGAAUCCAGCCUUUGUCCUCCAAACAUAACGAUGGUCAUUAUGGCCAAACAGCUCUAUUUUUGUUUCAUCAGGCCAGAGGACAUUUCUCCAAAAAGUACGAUAUUGGUCCACAUGUGCAGUUGCAAACCGUAGUCUGGCUUUUUUAUGGCAGUUUUGAAGCAUUGGCUUCUUCCUCUCUGAGCAGCCUUUCAGGUUAUAUCGAUAUAGGACUCGUUUUUCUGUGGAUAUAGAUACUUUUGUACCUGUUUCUUCCAGCAUCUUCACAAGGUCCUUUGCUGUUCUGGGAUUGAUUUGCACUUUUUGCAACUCACCAUCUCUAGGAGACGGAACGCGUCUCCUUCCUGAGCGGUGUGACGGCUGCGUGGUCCCAUGGUGUUUGUACUUGCGUCUAUUGUUUGUACAGAUGAACGUGGUACCUUCAGGCGUUUGGAAAUUGCUCCCAAGGAUGAACCAAACUUGUAGAGGUCCACAAUUUUUUUACUGAGGUCUUGGCUGAUUUUUUUUUUUUUUUUUUUCCCAAUGAUGUCAAGCAAAGCGGCACUGAGUUUGAAGGUAGGCCUUGAAAUACAUCCACAGGUACACCUUCAAUUGACUCAAAUUGCCAAUUAGCCAGUCAAUUAUCAGAAGCUUCUAAAGCCAUUACAUAAUUUUCUGGAAUUUUCCAAGCUGUUUAAAGGCACAGUUAAUUUAGUGUAUGUAAACUUUCUUGACCCACUGGAAUUGUGAUUAAGUGAAAUAAUCGGUCUUUAAACAAUUGUUGGAAAAAUUACUUAUGUCAUGCACAAAGUAAUGUCCUAACUGACUUGCCAAAGCUAUAGUUUGUUAACAAGUAAUAUGGCAUGGUUGAAAAACAAGUUUUAAUGUCUCCAACUUAAGUGUAUGUAAACUUCUGACUUCAACUGUGUGUGUGUGUGUAUAUCAAAGAUGUGAUUGCAUAGUUUGAUUAAAGGUGUUGAUAAAUA